AUGAAUUGCGAGGGGGGUAAAUCCGUACAAAAAGAUCCGGACCACUAUAAAUGUCACGUCUUCACCUGUGGAUGUCCAAAACGACGACUCCCUCUCCUCGGAACUGAGGAUCCUGAUGAGUGUAAGAGCGAGCGAGCAUUCACUAUUCAAGCCCAGCAGACCGUAUGGGACAUCGGCAAACCGCCGACCGUGGUGAAACACCAACCGCUGCAGGAUACCCGAUUUAAGCGAAAGUUUCUCGAGAAUCGCUAUCCCUUCCAUGUAAAUCAUUCCGGCACCGUUAGCGAAACAAAAAUUGCUUGGCGAAAUGAAAUUGACAAGUCGCCAAUUGAAGAGCUGCUUCCCGAUGCAAUAGAGGGACUGGCUGAUAAGCAUCCCUUCUACUCAAGUAUAGCCCAUAUGGUCAUCGUUGACAUCAUUAAACACGCUCCCCCCGAGAAAGUGAUUGCAGCCCUACCACGAUUUGCGCUGGCUUUCAAGAAAACAGCUCUUCUGAGUAGGUCAUUCACAACCGUGGCCCAUUAAGUAGUGAUUUCAAACUAACGAGCAUUAAAUAACAGGGUUCAUACUAAUCGCAAUUCUCAGAUAGUCACUAUAACCCAUGUGCCUCUCCUACUUUUUGCUGGUGGCAGUGGUCCCUGAAAUCAGUUUAGUUAGUCUCAUUAUGCGAAAUAGGAGAGACAAACAUUACCCAUACGCCUAUCAAAAUCCUCUCUUCUGAGCUGGUGAUGUUUUCUUGUCUCUUUUACAGACCAUGUGUCUCAUGUCCCUUAACGUUUUUCCCCUGCAAUACAUGUUAGAGUCCAUUGUAGGACAGACACAACUGCGCCAGGAAACAUUUGCUCUUCUGUGUCAUGCCCACUUUUGCUUAUUUUCGUCAAAUGCCAAGCGGACGAUAUAUCCGCGAAUCCUGACUUUGGUUAUGCAUGUAAUUCUCAGAAGAACUUGCAAGAAAACUGCUAUAUCUCGUUACCAUACCUCAGAAAUACGUCUGUAAACGUGCACUUGUAAUUAGAGUGCAAAAUUAGUGAGUUAAGGUAGCGCAGAUACCCUCGGUCAGGACUGUCGCCUGUAAUUCAGAACUUCUAUGGAAACCAGAAAAUGGCGCACAAUUUCCCCAUUCGUGCACACCGGCCUUCGGUACAUGUUGUUGUGUUAGGAGACUGACACAGUAGAGAUAUUAACAUAUUCUAAACAUCCGUGAUGGUUUCUAAUUUUACAAUGAGGGCAUUGACUCCAUAAUCAGAACUAGGGUGUUGUUUUAAUUCUUAUCCUGAAGAACAGUGCUAAGAUGAGUAUUUUGCAAAUAAAAUGACCUCCGCAUGAGAAGUUGGUAAAGUCCAAGUCGGUCCAUGUUCAGGUGAACAAUGUCACCAGGGAUUUGCUAUACGUAAAAGAGCGCAUUUCGUUCGAAAUUUGUGACCCCUUCGGUGGCCCAAUAUGCCAAUGCAUUACGUGCUCCUCAAGUUCAGCUUUCUGUGCUUAAAAAUUGUCCUAGAGCAUCUAUGGCUAUGUUUUCAAUUCGAUGUAGAAUUACGCGACUACAAACGAAUCGAGCUAUAAUGUCUGCGUGAAUCGUUGUUUUGGAAACUGAUACUAGAUACCUAGGGAAUGGUCUAAAGUAUUUUAUCCGUUAAACGUUCUCCUGACCAAACGCAUUUCCUUUUGGUUGGUCUGAAAUGAUCUAGCAUCUGCACUUAGACGAUUCUGUUUCGGUGAAAUCAAAAUACAGUACUAUCUAUGGUUUCGAAAGAAGGCUUAGUUGACCACACCGGAUACAAUAGGUACAAACUUGCGUUCAUCACCUUUGUUGAUAGUAUAUCUUAAUUAUUCCCAAAUGUGUACCUGAGUCCUUAUCCGGAUCUUCUUAUGCAAGUCGAUGAGAUUUCCAAUAAUGUUUCGCUGUUUUGGCAGAUGCUUGACGGACACCAUUGAAGAACCCGCAGCAACGGUUGCCCAUCGUCACUGGCAAAUCGGUCUUAGUAAAGCAGUCAUCCGGGUUUGGUAUUGCAUGGCCUCCACAGAACCGUGAGAGAGAUCCCCAUUUCUGGGAGUUGAAAGCAAAUAAGGUCAACGGAACUUUACUGAUCAACGCGUCUGAUUGAAGAGAAGGCACUUCUAAGAGGUCGUCACCGUUAUAUUCCUCAUAGACUGCCGUUUCACAGGAGGAUUUCUGUCGUAAAGAAGAUAAGAAACCCUCCUUUUUUUGUUCGAGAAGGAUAACCAAACUGGUUUCACCCACUGAUGUUUAAAGCAGUUGAGGUUUCAUAAAUAGUCAGAAACAAGGAAUGCGACGAGGAAAAGGACAACCAGUUCGCGGAGUCUGGCCAGUAUUCAUGGAUAAUAGGAUUAGUCUGAGGGGAAGAGGCAAGGGCUGCGUUCUUAAUUUGUGAACCUGGUACAUGAUUUUCGAGUCGUCAAUCGGAAGUGAAAACGUUGAUGAUGGGAUAGCACCAGAAGAGGAUCUGCAAUGCGCGCGUGCACCUUCCAUCUGUUGUUGUUAGGCUCGACCGCUUUCGCGCUUCGGUGGCGACUUUCUUCAGCUGAAUGCCCGCAGCUACGUCAAAGGGUACCGACACAGGACCGUCGCUGACUGUGCCGUAGUUUACUGCCAUGAAAUAUGAUGAAUCAGCAUACGAUUAUACACUAAUUUGCAUACGAUUAGCAUACGAUUUUUUAAACUUUACUCACGAAGGCUCUGAGCAGUGUGCCCUAUUAUGCCGUUCUAGACCGACAUUUAAGUGUUAAAAAAUUCCAUUGACAGUGUGACUCGACGAUUUCCUGGAGAAAAUCAAUGUCAUAGUGGAGCCUAUCCAGAUGAGACGAUGAAUUGUCAUCUGUGAAAAUCGAUUGUAUAGAUAACUGAUAUGCGCUGGCGAAUCAAAUACAACUGAAUUGAAUAAUCGUUGUUCUCCCUUUUUUAGACAACGAGGAUGUUGCUCGCAGGCUCAUUAAGACGGUCAAGGAAAUUGCGCUUGUUCAAGAAACAAUCGGUCCGGAAUUGGCGUUCUACUUCCAAGACAUUCUGCUACAUCUUAAUCAAUGGCUCCUGACACCUCGAAACAACUCGGAUCGCAUUGCUUAUGAGCAGAAGAAGAAACCCCAGUUAGCAGACGUUUUGGAGGAACUGCUCACUAUUCUAACCCUCGUGGCUGGCAACGAAAGAGACUUCGGCGCACGUGGCAUGAAACUUGCCAUUCCCACAUAUCAGCUGCCAAAUCAGAAUCGGCUGUGA